AUGGCUCGCCACGGGGAUACUCGCUCACCAUCACCUGUAGGCAGCACAUACUCGUCAUCUAGACGAAGUCGCCGAGAUGAUGAUCGCUAUGAGAGGAGCAGGCGAGAUGAUGGACGGGGCCACCGCAGAUCUCGCAGUCCUGACAGGCGAUUCCGUGACCGCGAACGCGACCGUGAUUCAUACCGGAGACGUGAACGCUCGCUAGACAGACGCGACGAUUAUCGGGACGAAGAUAGCUACAGACCGAGCCGCAGAGACCGCUCUCGUGACCGACGUCGAUCCAGAGACCGUGAUAUUGAUCGCGAUUACCGACGGAGAAGUCGCGACAGAGAUUUUCGAAGCAGGCGAGAUGAUUCCCGGGACAGAGCUCGGAGAAGGACAGACGAUUCUGCUGAUUUGAAAUACAAGUCUAGACGGGACGACAGCCGAGACCGUGCCUCGAACAGGGAUCCUGCUCCGCGGUCUCGAGAGACGUCUAAACCAGCUACCCCAACAACUCCCGCCGCACCGACAGAUGAGGAGAAGAGAGCCGAACGACUGGCUAAGUUGGAGGCAUGGAAGCAAAAGCAGGCUGCUGAAAAGGAGCGAAAGCAAAAGGAGCUUGCUGCAUCUGGUGGAGCACGGAAUAUUUUGGAAGAAAUUGACCGGAAGUCCGGUCUGUCACCAGCCGUGAACUCUCCCCAGUCUCCUGCAGUGCCAGUGAAGGAAGCUUCUCCUGUUCCCACUGGGAAGUUUGAUCCAAAAGCCAUCGCUAAAAAUGCGGCACCAGCUGCUGCUGCGCCAUCUGUCCUGGGAGUAGAUGUUGCUGUUCCGCAGACUGUCAAAGCGUCCGCCACCUUCUCUUCUACGAAUGUGCAGGCACAGGCUAACAAACCACCAGCCUCUACAAGUACCUCUUCAUCCGUUUUGAAAGCGAGACGCAACGUGGGCGGUUUCGGCUUGGGAGCUAGACCUGCUGCCGAUUCUGUUGAAAAGUCAUCUGCAACCAAAACUCUGGGCUUCGGCGAGGAGGAAUCUACCCGAAAGAAACUAGAGAGACUACCAACCCCUCCACUAGAUCAGUCCGAAGAUGCUAAUACCACAGCGGAUAUGGUGGUAGAGGAUGACGAUGAUGUGGAUAUGCAAGACGGGGGUACCGAAGAGGAAAAUGCGGCUGCAGCACGUGCAGCUGCAGAACGGCGAGAAGAACGACUGCAAAAUGCAGCUCUGACGACAGAAUCGCAAGACGAGAAACAAGUGAACGGUGAUGUCCAGAUGAAUGACGCAUCGGAACAACCAGCGGAAUCCAAGAUGGAGGUCGACGAACCAGAAGAGGAUGUUGAUCCAUUGGACGCAUUCAUGUCUGAGUUGGCAGAUUCAGGGCCACCCAAGAAAGCUGUUGGUGCCAAAUUCUCGAAAGCUAAACAACAACAGCCAGAAGCCAUAUUUGGUGAUGAGAACGAUGUUGACAUUACCGCUGUCGGGGACGGCGAUGCGGAUGACUUCCUUGCCAUUGCCAACAAGGCUAAAAAGAAGAAGGAUAUUCCAACAGUCAACCACCAGAAAGUGGAAUACGAACCUUUUCGAAAGAAGUUCUACACUGAGCCUUCGGAUUUGGCUCAGAUGCCCGAAGAAGAAGUUGCCAACUUGCGUUUGGAACUUGAUGGCAUCAAAGUCCGCGGAGUCGAUGUUCCCAAGCCGGUACAAAAGUGGUCUCAGUGCGGAUUGGGAGUUCAAAGUUUGGAUGUAAUUGACAGGCUUGGAUAUGAAAAUCCCACCUCCAUUCAAACGCAGGCCAUUCCGGCCAUCAUGUCCGGUCGAGAUGUGAUCGGUGUAGCGAAGACAGGCUCGGGUAAAACCGUUGCGUUCCUGAUUCCUAUGUUCCGGCAUAUCAAGGACCAAAGGCCUUUAGAUAACAUGGAGGGACCUGUCGGUCUGAUCAUGACACCAACUCGUGAACUUGCCACUCAAAUCCACAAAGAUUGCAAGCCAUUUUUGAAAGCUUUGAACCUCCGGGCUGUCUGCGCAUAUGGUGGCGCACCGAUCAAGGACCAGAUUGCUGACUUGAAACGUGGUGCGGAGAUCAUCGUCUGCACACCCGGGCGGAUGAUUGAUCUGCUCGCAGCGAAUGCAGGCAGAGUCACCAACCUCAGACGAGUGACUUACGUUGUCUUGGAUGAAGCGGAUCGCAUGUUUGACAUGGGCUUUGAGCCUCAGGUCAUGAAAAUCAUGGCGAAUGUGCGACCAGACCGGCAGACGGUCCUGUUCUCGGCCACGUUCCCGCGAAACAUGGAAGCGCUUGCUCGAAAGACAUUAACGAAGCCCGUUGAGAUUAUCGUAGGUGGCAGGAGCGUUGUCGCGCCCGAGAUUACUCAGAUUGUCGAAGUUCGUAACGAUGACAAGAAGUUCGUGCGACUUUUGGAGCUGCUUGGUAAUCUAUACUCAGACGAUCAGAAUGAAGACGCACGAGCAUUGAUCUUUGUGGAGCGACAAGAAGCUGCUGAUACUCUGCUACGUGAACUGAUGCGCAAGGGUUACCCUUGUAUGUCGAUUCACGGAGGCAAAGAUCAAAUUGACCGUGACUCUACGAUUGAAGAUUUCAAAGCGGGCAUCUUCCCAGUUCUGGUUGCCACCUCUGUCGCCGCCCGUGGAUUGGAUGUGAAGCAGUUGAAGCUUGUCGUGAACUUUGACGCGCCGAACCACUUGGAAGACUAUGUGCAUCGGGCUGGUCGUACAGGACGUGCUGGGAACACAGGAACCGCAGUCACGUUCCUUACUGAAGACCAAGGGCGGUACUCGGUGGACAUUGGCAAGGCUUUGAAACAGAGUGGACAACAAAUUCCGGAACCUGUGCAGCAGCUGAUUGACAGCUUUUUGGAGAAGGUCCGAGAUGGGAAGGAGAAGGCCAGUGCCUCUGGAUUCGGCGGUAAAGGUCUAGAGCGACUCGAUCAAGAGCGAGAUGCAGCUCGCAACCGUGAGCGGAAGACCUACAAGACCGGUGAGGAGGGCGAAGAGGAAGAGGACAAGGAAGAGAAGAACGAAAAGGCCAAGGAGCGGUUCAACAAGGUUGUUUCGUCGAUACAGUCAGCCGCAGCACCUACGCCGGGCGUGCCCAAGGGUAUUGAUCUGGAUGGCAAGAUUACUGUUCACCGGACGGAGAAGGAUCCAGCAGCAGCGUCCAAGAACCCGCUGGAUAAGGUCGGUUCGGCAGUGGCCGAUAUUCACGCCCGUCUGAGUCGGGCUGGAGUCAUGAGAUCCGGAGUUCCCAUUGACAACCGCGGGCCCGAUGCUGGAGCGUUCCACGCGACUUUGGAGAUCAACGACUUUCCUCAGAAAGCUCGGUGGGCUGUUACCAACCGGACGAACGUGGCCAAGAUUCUCGAAGCGACGGGUACAUCGAUUACGACCAAAGGAAGCUUCUACGCAGCGGGCAAGGUUCCGGGACCUACGGAAAAUCCCAAGCUGUAUAUUCUUGUUGAGGGCGAGACCGAGUUGACCGUGACCAACGCGAUGCGUGAAUUGAUGCGGUUGCUGAAGGAGGGAACGAUGGCAGCGGCGGAUAGCGAGGCCCGCGCACCGGCGAGUGGGCGGUAUAAUGUGGUUUAG